AUGACUACCCGACGGGAUAAUUACUUCAUAGAUACCUCGGCCGUAACUGAGGAGGCCGGAGGAGAAGAUUCUAUGGUGAUAUCAAGGGCUGCUAGCCCAGACCCCCUACUUACGGGAGGACCCUCUACAACAACUAGGCAAUCGAGUAAACGCUCUGCUCAAGCCCAGUUUGUGAGGAAUAUGCAGGAGUUUUUGGAUACCCAUGAGGCUCAAAUGAGGUAUCUUGGUGCAGCUGGACAGGCCGUUUGGCAGCAGCUACAAAAUCUCCAGGAGCAAGUCCAAGGGAGUGGACAAAUCCUGGACAAGAAGGUACGGCAAGAAGCCAUUGCCCAAAAACAACAUCUGGAAUCGCUCUUUGAGCUCGUCUCCAGUGUCCAACAAGCACACGAAGCUGCACGAGCCGCCGACCACAAGGUUCUGGAGCAAAGCCAUCUGCAAACCCAGAAUCAGUUACAGGAGGCGGAGCGACAACUGAGGAUCGUGAGAGAAGAGCGGGAGCAGGAAAAAGGGGAGCAACGAGCUUGGUUUGCGGAAUUCAAGCGGUCCGAUGCGGAAAGAAACCAACGGAUAGCCGAGAUGGAGGAACUACUGCGACAACAUCUGUCAGUAGCACCUUCUGUGGCAAGUGCUCCUUUAGACCCUAAUGCGCCCCGAACGGUUCCUGUUGGUAAUGGCAAGAAACCCGAAAAUACUGGCCCAGUAGGAGGAAACGCUGGUCCCGUAGGAGGAAAUGGAGGCAGGCGACCGGAGGAUGCCGGCCCAGUGCAGGGCAAUAGUGGCAGAGGACCGGUGGGAGCUGCUCCAGUUGGCGGGAAUGGUGGAAAGCAACCUCCACAAAACCCACCAAGAGGAAACGUUGGGGGAGACCCAGAACCUUCCGACGACGAUGACGACGACAACAGUGAAUGGUCGUACGGUCGAAAGAACUGGAGAGUGAACCGAGGCGGGAACCGGAAUUCGGCGCCGCCCGAAGACGAGGAUAUGGUAGAUUCGCUCGCCAAAAUACCCUUUGAGUUCGAUAAUGCCAGGAAGCAUAACCUGCGGCAUUGGCUCAUGGAGUGCGAGAUCUACUUCGAGCAGAAACCCAAGAAGUUCCGAACGGACAAGAACAAGGUACUGUUCGCUGGAACGUAUACGUGUGGGUUGGCAAAGGAGUGGUUCAUGGAAUACAUCGAGACCAAAAUGCUAGGACCGGCAGCCGCGGACUACGCUACUUGGACUCGUUUCCGUCAGGAGAUUAGGAAACGCUUCUUAAGCACUCAGGAGGCUAUGGAGAACGCGAUGAAGAUGCAGCAGUUUAAGUACUCUGCUAACAUCGGAGACUACCUGACGAGAAUGGAGAUCAUGAACCAGCAUGCUCAGAUGAAAGGAGCAUCCUAUCGCGCCGCCCUGCUCCAAGGGCUACCAAAUGAAAUCCGGGAGCGCCACUCACGCUUCGAUCCAACCGAUGACGACUCCGAGUACAUCCAACAGUUGGAACGAGCCGGCAAGGCUCACGAGGCUUAUCAAGAACAGAUGAGGAUGUUGGGGAAAGGGGAGUCGAGAGGAAGGGAGUCCAACAAUGGUGGGAACUCGCGGCAGAAGGAGAAGGGGUUUAAGAUCAAGGGGAGGGCUCAGACCGAGGAGAAGGAAAAAGGACAAGAUAAGAAGAGCACCAGCAAGAACAAGUCGGGGAAUAAGCCAAUAUACCACGACUACGACGAAGCCACCAAAGGAGUUCCACAGCCGGUCCGAGAACAGCGAAAGACCGAUGGAGCCUGUGUGCGAUGUGGCCGAAAGGGUCAUCUUUGGAAGUGGUGUCGUUCAGAUGCUAACAGCAGUGCAUCUAUCUCCUCUUUCUCCCGAAAGCGUACCCGCGAUGACGAUGGCGACCACGAUAUGGAACCACCAGAACCCCAACCUCAGAGAAAGCGAAUGAGGCACCGUGCUAAGAAGCCAGCUGCGACGGCUGCCGCGGAGUACACCAGUGGGCAAGCGUUUAAAAUUUUGGAGGAACCUAUUCAUGGUCCUCGACCUAUCGUUAAUCAGUUCCUUUGUUUUGCGGAAAAAUGUUUACCUUGUAAGGUGUUGUUGGAUACUGGUGCAACUGGUCCUGUUUUGUCUGCUGUUUUUGUUGAUAGUUUUGAGGUCCCGAAGGUGAAACGAGACGUCCCGGCCCGGGUAUUUGGAUUUACGGGAGAAGUUAUGAAGGGCACGGGACACGCCUUUACACAACCAUUAAUUAUAAUGUCAAGGGGGCAUCAAACACAGUUGUCAUUCGAGAUCGCCCCUCUCCCACUUGGCAUCGAUGCGAUACUACCGAACUGGUGGUUGAAAGAACAUAAGCCGGUACUAGGGGCAAAUGGGGAAGUUUCCUACGAUGGCGAGAACUGUAAGAGUCGAUGCUUCACUGACAAGGAACCUCAAAUAGAAAUGGACGAGGGUGUACUAGACGAUCCGGAGGCCCAAUUCAUCGGUAGUAUUUGUCUUCUGGAAGAUGAAUCGGUCAACCUCCGCGAAACUCUUCCCUCUUGGCUCCAUGGGUUCCUUAAAGUCUUCCUACCAUCGGAAGCAGACAAAUUACCACCGCAUCGAUCUUACGACCACGCGAUAGAUCUCGAGCCAGAAAAGCAGCCACCAUGGGGACCCGUCUACUCCCUAUCCGAAGUCGAACUGAAGGUGCUUCGGGAGUACUGUGAGGGAUGCGUAGAAGUCUCCAAGGUCUCUUCAGUCAACGUCGAGUAUGAUUCUCCUUGA